UCGAGUCGUGAUGCUCUUGUACUCUCGACCCUCGCCCACCGAGUUGAGCAGGAGGAGGAUGCAGCAGUGAGCCGGAGCGACUCGCUCCUCACCGAAUGUAACAGAGCAUCCGAUCCGUUCGGACCGGAGGUUCGACCCGAGGAGGCGCGCGAGGACGGAGGAGUGCGACGCACGAGCGACGGGAGGAGGAAGGGACACGCUCAGCCUCCAUGUUUCAGCUGCCCAUCUUAAACUUUAGCCCCCAGCAGGUCGCGGGGGUCUGCGAGACCCUCGAGGAGAGCGGGGACAUCGAGCGCCUCGGCCGCUUCCUGUGGUCCCUGCCGGUCGCCCCAGCCGCCUGCGAGGUCCUCAACAAGAACGAGGCGGUGCUGAGGGCGCGCGCCAUCGUGGCCUACCACAGCGGUAACUUCCGGGAGCUCUACCACAUCCUGGAGAACCACAAGUUCACCAAAGACUCGCACAGCAAGCUGCAGGCCCUGUGGCUGGAGGCGCACUACCAGGAGGCGGAGAAGCUGCGGGGCCGCCCGCUGGGGCCCGUGGACAAGUACCGCGUGCGGAAGAAGUUCCCGUUGCCCCGCACAAUCUGGGACGGCGAGCAGAAGACCCACUGCUUCAAGGAGAGGACCCGACACUUGUUACGGGAAUGGUACCUGCAGGACCCCUACCCCAACCCCAGUAAAAAGAGGGAGCUUGCCCAGGCCACCGGACUUACCCCCACACAAGUGGGGAACUGGUUCAAGAACCGGAGACAAAGAGACCGAGCGGCGGCCGCCAAGAACCGGCUCCAGCAGCAGGUCCUCUCCGGGGGGUCGGUGCGGUCGCUGGCGGAUGACGACGGGACGGCGGACCGCCUCGGGAACUCGUCGAGCCCCGAGGCCAGCCUGUCCAGCAAGGCCGCCGCCUCGGCCAUCUCCAUCACGUCCAGCGACAGCGAAUGUGACAUCUGACGGCCUCGCGCGAGGCCGUCCGCAAGUCGGGAGGACAGUUAACGCGCAAUAAAUAAAGGAGAGGAAGAGAGAUCAGGAGAGAGAGGAAGAGAGACAAUCUAAAACAGACUUAGUGCCUGCGUGGAAAACAAACACUACGACUGUCGUUCGAUGGCGACAGAAACCCGAGGGACGGAAGUCCCGUCUUAAGCCGCCUUCCGGUAUUGUUUCGCUUUGACCACAUGCGGAGAAAUCUAAAAACGAUGCAUGGAGAAUAUCCCUGAUAACAUCCCGGAUAACAUCCCGGAUCACAUCCCUCUGAAGGGGGCGGGGGGGGGGACCGAGGCCUCCAGACGAGAGUGAAUUGAAAAAAGGAAUCUGAAGAAGACAUUUGAACGCCUAACCUGCUAUUUUCUGUGGGUAUUUCAUGUUGAAAGACUGUGAUAUUUUUAAUUUACUUUAAAAGUUUUAUAAAUAAUGUUUAUUUACCUAUUUAAACGAUUGGCUUUGUCUCUUAGGUUUUCAUAUUGAUUUGCUUGGUGUUUUUAAUAUUUACGUGUGCACAGGUUAACUGGUCAGCAUGUGCGCUUUAGUGGAAAUGUGAUUCAGUAAAAAAAGAAAAGUAAAGAUAACUUAAUAAAAUAUUUGUUGACAAAAUAACGCAAGUUUAGUCCUUUAUUCUUCAAGGUGAUAAC